GGGAAAUACAUAAACAAAUGAUUGAGAAGAGAUAUUUUGUAAUACUGAUCAGGAUUUAUUCUUUCUUGUUUUCAGUAAUAUUCUUGAAAGCUGUUGUUGAUUGUUGCUGCUGCUGCUAGUUGGGAUUUUUUUUAGCUUUAUUUUUUUAGCCGCUGCCCACAAGCAUUAGAUUCCUCUCUAUUUUCCGUAAUCCCAGAGACUUCCCUCUCUCCUACCUGUGCGGUUCAGGAAUGGAUGAAUGUGACCCUCUCUGCUUUGAUUCUCUCUGCUCUUAAAAAGAUUUCCUGCUUUUUUUUUCUUCUUUUCUUUUCCUUGUCUUUUUCACCCUCUCCUUUUCAUGGAUGCUUUGCCUGUCCCUUAUUUCAGUUUCUAAUAUGUUGCUGGCGUUCACACUACAUAUAAAAUUCUUACUAGUGAAAGAUAUGCAUAUUCACUUGUUGUAUUCCUUUUCCACGCUAUAAAUACACGUUGUCUUUCAGGUUUUCUUCAUUGCAGUACCUCCUCUUCCUGUCAUUUAUUAACAUAUAGGAGGUGCACUAAGGUGUUUGGUUCCAUCCUCAAAAAAUGAGCUACUCACAACAUUUUUCCAUGGGUUCUGGUAGUAGACCUGCAAGAAGAAACUUUGAAUUUGGGAGGACUUGUGUGGUGAGGCCCCAAGGGAAACACCAGGCCACUAUAGUUUGGUUACAUGGUCUUGGUGAUAAUGGUUCAAGUUGUUCCCAGCUACUGGAAAACCUCCCUCUUCCAAAUGUUAAAUGGAUUUGCCCAACCGCUCCUACUCGUCCUGUGGCACUGCUGGGUGGAUUUCCUUGCACUGCAUGGUUCGAUGUGGGAGAAAUUUCAGAAGAGAGUCCAGAUGACUGGGAGGGUUUAGAUGCUUCAGCAGCACAUAUAGCAAACUUAUUGUCUACUGAGCCGGCUGAUGUUAAAAUUGCUAUUGGAGGCUUCAGUAUGGGUGCUGCAACAGCCCUUUAUUCUGCAACUUGUGCUGCCUUUGGACGAUAUGGUAACGGUAAUGCGUACCCUAUCAACCUCAGAGCAGUUGUUGGACUAAGUGGCUGGCUUCCAGGUUCAGGGAGCUUAAGGAGCAAAGUCGAAGGGUCGCAUGAGGCUGCAAGGCGUGCUGCAUCCUUGCCCAUUUUUCUUUGCCAUGGAACAAGUGAUGAUGUAGUCCCCUAUAACUACGGAGAGAAAUCUGCUCAUUGCUUGAACACAGCAGGAUUUCGAAACCUGACAUUCAAAUCUUAUGAAGGGCUUGGUCACUACACAGUCCCGAGAGAAAUGGAUGAGGUUCGCAAUUGGCUUACAGCGAGCCUGGGCCUUGACGGCUCCCGCUCUUAGUUGCAGAACAGAAUCAGCUUCAGUCUGGAGCUUAUAAGGACGAAGAACGGGGAAAACAAUAAUGGGAAGAGGAAAAGUAGUUAGCAAUAGAACAGGUUAUGAAGUAUAUGGUAUAGAUAAUAUAACCUUCCUGGUUCCCUGCCUGACCCUAAAAAUAAAUCUUGCAUGUUGUCAUUUUGAUUGUAGAAUUUAGCAGUAAUGGGUGUAGUCAAUUCUGCCUGCUGGGAAUUUUGUAUUGGUUAAUCUAAUAUUAAGUCUAGUGAGCUUUGCCUACUA